CCAGUACCCACCUACAAUCAAGUAAUAUACCCCCUUGUAUUUUGUACACGGCAGGUCCGAGUCUCUAACCAUGUGUCGCAUCAGCGAGUUCAUCGAAAUUCAUCCGGGGGGAGUCAGGCACAUCGAGCAUAAGGUGGACCGCUGCUCCCGGGGCAGGAUAGGGCUGUGCCGGAGCAAAACUCAGACCAGCGUCGAGUGGGACCACGGAGAGAUGAGAGACUCAGACGGAGCGCCCGGUAUGCCUAGGAGACUCACCCGUAAGCGCAGUGGAAGCUUCAGGUUUCGUUUCCCGUUUCUUCGGCGCCAGCCAGACUCGUCCGACGAUGAACUCCUACGGCGGCUUCCGCCGCGUGGCCGACAAUGGGGGCGCCCGCCCGUUAUUGUCGACCCGCCGCGCCGUGAGCCCCGCCCGGUGUCUCCAGUGCGACGCCAGACUUCGUACAGGGCCCCUCCUUCAAGAUCCCCUCCGACCAUUCGCUUUGCCGCCUCGCGCCCGGGCCCGCAAGCCCUGCGAGAGCGGCUUGAUGAACGCCUACCCCGAGGACGUCUUCGUCCGGCAACACCCUCACCAGUGGGACUUCUCCCCCUUAAUAACCAAACGAGUUGUUUCUCACGUGUGGUCAAGCAGGUCAUAGUGUUGCAACCCCGAUGGCGACCCACCGCGCCGAUGGCGAGGCCUCCUGAAGUGGUAACGAAGCCAAUGCCGUCUCAAAAGAGUCGUCUGACGCGUGCAAUCAAGCAGAUAAUCCGGCCUCGUUCGCGAUCCCACCCUGCGCGACCGGUCGACUUGGAGACCCGCGAAGCCAGAGUCAACGCCCCGAGAGCAACUCCUCCUAGAAGAGCGCGGCCCCCGCGCCCCCGCUCACCGGUGGUUGAGCGCGAGCCGAUCCGCAAGGUGCGCUCCACGCCAGGAACACCACAGCUUCGGACGACUUCUCCUGCUCCCCCGCAGCGGAGUCGCAGCAUCACCCCAUCGCGGCAUGUCCACUUCGCCGAGAACCUGGUUCAAAUCCCACCCAGCUCGAGCGAGACCAGCCCUGUGGGCACGACGAGUAGUUCCAGCGAGGAGAGCCCCAGGACUAGGACCCCUACACGGCCCCCAAGCAGAAUCCCUGUCCGGCCGAAGAACCAGCGCAGUCGUUCGGCAGACGCUCACAUGCUCCGUAGACGCACGGCUCCGGGCGAUCAAGGUCGUCUUCGCACCGUAUCGCCGUAUCCCAGUCAACUGGACCUUCAGCGUCCACCCACGAGAACCACUGCUCGUCCGCACUGGCCGCCGCACGCGCGACCACGGAUUAUUCAGGAAGGGAUACAGGAUUUGAGAGAGCGAGGCUCGCGACUGGUGGCGUCGUCGUUUGCGCGUCGUAGCGACGAGAGCGUGCAGGAUCCGGUCGGCCAACGACGGACCCGACCGCGCAGACGAGUGUCGCUUGGGGACGAGCGUAUCGCGGAUGAGAACGACCGAAGUGGAGGAUCACGAUUGGGGCGGUGGCAGUGAGAACUGUUGGACGGUUUAAGAUAUAUAUACCUACUUCCUGUUGAGAUAGAUCUGCUGUAUAGGCUUUCGACU